AUGUCUGACAGAGAGCCCAGUGCCCGCGGUCCCAGGGACCUGGAUGGCCCUCUUCGCGAGCCGAGGCCCCAGCCUAUCGAGCGGGUGACGGAUCAGCUCGAGACCCCUUCGCUCGACGACAGAACCUACCGUGUCAUUCGCUUGUCCAACAAGCUUGAGGCCCUGCUGGUCCACGAUCCAGAGACAGACAAGGCCAGCGCCGCCCUUGACGUCAAUGUCGGAAACUUCAGCGACGAAGAGGAUAUGCCCGGCAUGGCCCAUGCCGUGGAACAUCUUCUGUUCAUGGGCACCAAGAAGUUCCCUGUAGAAAACGAAUACUCCCAGUACCUCGCCUCCAACUCUGGCAGCUCAAACGCAUACACGGGAGCAACCUCCACCAACUACUUUUUCGAUGUCUCUGCAAAGCCUGCUAACGACCAGGAGCCCUCGGCCUCGAACCCCUCCCCCUUCAAGGGUGCGCUCGACCGCUUCGCCCAGUUCUUUAUCGAGCCUCUCUUCCUCGAAUCGACCCUGGACCGAGAGUUGCGCGCAGUCGACUCCGAGAACAAGAAGAACCUCCAGAGCGACCAAUGGCGACUGCACCAGCUUGAGAAGAGCCUUUCCAACCCCAAGCACCCCUUCUGCCACUUUUCGACCGGCAACUUCGAGGUUCUCAAGGCCCAGCCAGAGGCUAAGGGCGUCAAUGUUCGGGCCAAGUUUAUGGAGUUCCACGAGAAGCACUACUCAGCGAACAGGAUGAAGUUGGUGGUUCUGGGACGGGAGCCUUUGGACGUUUUGGAGGACUGGGUCGCAGAGUUGUUUGCUGGGGUCCCCAAUAAGAAUCUGGUGCCGAACCGCUGGGAGGCCGAGGUGCCCUUCCGCGAAAGCGAGCUCGGUGUGCAGGUGUUCGCCAAGCCGGUGAUGGACUCGCGCGAACUGAACCUCUUUUUCCCGUUCCUCGACGAGGAGAACAUGUUCGAGUCGCAGCCCAGCCGAUACGUCAGCCACCUGAUCGGCCACGAGGGACCUGGAAGUAUCAUGGCCUAUGUCAAGGAGAAGGGUUGGGCCAACGGUCUAAGUGCCGGCGCAUACCCAGUCUGUCCGGGCACCCCUGGUAUCUUUGACUGCCAGAUUCGCCUGACCGAGGAGGGCCUCAAGAACUACAAGGAGAUCGUCAAGAUCUUCUUCCAAUACGUCUCUCUUCUCCGGGAGUCGCCGCCCCAAGAGUGGAUUUUUGAUGAGCAGAAGGGCAUGGCCGAUGUUGACUUCAAGUUUAAACAAAAGACGCCAGCAAGCCGCUUCACCAGCAAGACUAGUGCCGUCAUGCAGAAGCCGCUGCCGCGCGAGUGGCUUCUCAGUGGAUACAGCCGGCUGCGCAAGUUCGACUCUCAACUGAUUGACAAGGGACUGGCUUGCUUGAGACCUGAUAACUUCCGUUUGACCAUCGUGUCGCAGAAGUUCCCUGGCGACUGGGAUCAGAAGGAGAAGUGGUACGGCACCGAGUACCGCCACGAGAAGAUUCCCGACGACUUCAUGGCAGAGAUCAAGAAGGCUGCCUCGAGUUCCGCCUCCGACCGACUCGCAGAGCUUCACCUCCCCCACAAGAACAAUUUCAUACCCACCAAGCUCGAGGUCGAGAAGAAGGAGGUCAAGGAGCCGGCAGUGGCGCCGCGUGUCGUCCGAAACGACAGCAUCGCUCGGACGUGGUUCAAGAAAGAUGACACAUUCUGGGUGCCCAAGGCGAAUCUUGUCAUCAGCUGCCGGAACCCCAACAUCUACUCGACUGCUGAGAAUGCUGUCAAGGCUAGGCUGUUUACCGACCUCGUUAGGGAUGCGUUGGAGGCCUACUCGUAUGAUGCGGAGCUUGCAGGUCUGCAGUACAGUGUCACCCUUGACGCCCGCGGCUUGUUCCUGGACCUCAGUGGGUACAACGACAAGUUGGCGGUUCUCUUGGAGCAGGUUCUCAUCACUAUGCGCGACAUCAAGAUUAAGGAUGAGAGAUUCGACAUCAUCAAGGAGCGCCUAAACCGGGGAUACAACAACUGGGAGCUUCAGCAGCCCUUCCACCAGGUGUCAGACUACACAACUUGGCUCAACUCUGAGCGUGACUACGUUGUCGAGGAGUCUUUGGCUGAGCUGCCCAACAUCACUGCUGAGGACGUCCGCCAGUUCAAGAAGCAGAUGCUUUCACAAGUGCACAUUGAAAGCUAUGUGCACGGCAAUCUGUACAAAGAGGAUGCCCUCAAGUUGACUGACAUGAUUGAGACAAUCCUGAAGCCCCGUGAAUUGCCACGCCCUCAGUGGCCAGUCAUUCGAUCUCUUGUUCUCCCCGCUGGAUCAAACUACGUUUACAAGAAGACGCUGAAGGACCCAGCAAACGUCAACCACUGCAUCGAGGUGUGGCUGUACGUUGGGGAUAAGAGCGACCGCAUGACGCGGGCAAAGACAAUGCUCCUCGACCAGAUGACCCAUGAGCCGGCAUUCGACCAACUCCGAACCAAGGAGCAGUUGGGCUACGUUGUCUUUAGUGGAGUCCGAAGCUUCUCAACAACCUAUGGCUUCCGGUUCAUCAUUCAAAGUGAGCGAACGCCUGAAUACCUCGAGUCGAGGAUCGAAGCAUUCCUCAACCUCUUCGCCAACAACCUGGACUCCAUGUCCGAGACCGAUUUCGAGGGCCACAAGCGAAGUUUGAUUGUGAAGCGUCUGGAAAAGCUUAAGAACCUUGACCAGGAGAGCAGCCGCCACUGGGCCCAGAUCGCCAGUGAAUACUACGACUUUGAGCUGACCCACGAAGAUGCCGCCCAUAUCAAGUUGCUCACGAAGGCAGACAUGAUUGAGUUCUUCCAGCAGUACAUCAAGCCGGGCUCUGCUACACGCGCAAAGCUUUCAGUCCACCUUCAUGCCCAGGCGGGUAAGUCGACGGAGACGGAAACCAAGGUGAAUGGGGUCAAGAAGGAAGAGAGCGAUGCGACGAGCACGCCGGAGCCAGUCCCCAUUAAAGACGUGCGUAGUUUCCGGGCGGGUCUGCAGGCGACGCGGGGAGCCCGGCCAGCCAAAGACCUGAGCGAAUACGAAGACACGGAUGCGAAGCUAUGA